GAAUUCCCUGCUACCAUUCCUCUGUUAUGCGUAUCAGAAGACUCUGUCGCCAUAGCAUUACUUGAAAGCUCGGUGUACCAACGCCUCGUCUGGGGAAUAAGAGAACCGAUGAUAUGUCUGGCGUUCUCACCUCAGCCGUUUGUCGUACAAGUGAUCGUGGCUUGGCCGGAUGUAACAACGUCAAACGACUUGCCAGCGGUCAAUAUCACGAGAAACGUGUCAGGGUCCCCUAGUCUAACCUCAGGUUGGUUCGACCUGAGCUCGUCUGCGUCGGCACAUGCUUUCAGGCGAUAUCUCUCGGUCGCUAUGGAGAAGACAGCACAGGUCCGACCGAGUGUAUCAAACAGAGAACCUUGGCCGAAAUGGCGAUUUGACUUCGCCAGUGAUGAUGAGAUACAAGAAAAGCCGGAGGGUACUUUGAACUUCGUUGAAGAAUGGGUACAGAGUGCAUCCACUUUUGAAAUCGAUUCAGAACCCUUGGUCUCUGAGGAGGAUGUCGACGCUGAAGACGAAACCGAUGGACCACCUCAAGUAAUUCCCGCUGCCUCCUCUGAGCAUGCCGACAUUGGAGAAGAGGUUGAAAGGCGAUGAAUCCAGCCGCAAAUAUUCGUAUUUGGACGUCAUCUCCGGAGCUUCAUGCAUUGACAAAGCCUUUACACCCAUGAGACAAUGGCUAUGGAAUCGGUUUUCAACCUUACGGCCGACUCUCCCUCUAACCCAGUUAGGAGGCGUGCCCUCGGAGUACUCUUUGUAUACUUGUUUUGUCUGGGACGAUAGCUGGGACUGCCCUGGAGCCGAAAUGGCCAUACCUAGCAUACUGCGUGGGCUAUGGGAGGAACUCCUGACUAUUAAAGCGACAUUUUGUUCCCAUAUACAUCCAGAACCGAUCACGGGCUGCUCUGCUGCCGAUGUCCAUCUCAACUUGGAGUACAUUGUGGCAACCUGCCAGCAAGCACGGUUACAAAGCGAAGUCGCGAGCCGCUAUGGGACCCCCAUAGCCUGUGCUCAUAUCUGGGACAGCCUUGUCAGGACACUGACUAUCGGAGAAUCCUUGAAUACAUUGAAUUCACCGUCCAUUGCACUACCAAGAAACGCUUUGUCAGACCGCUUUGCAGAACACGAUUGGCGUCUCUUGGCCAAGUUUACCAUCCAACAAAGCGGAGAGUGCGGUGUUCGGUACUUUGACGCAAUUGCAGCCCUCCAUCCUAGUGAAAUCGCACAGAACCAGGCGCUUGAUGCUGCGGCCUCGCUACUUCACCUAGGUCUCAGUGACAAUCGCCGAGACGAAGUUGAAGCUCUCAUGAGUCUCGCGAAGAGCGAUCCCGUCGAUGCUGUUUGCGAUGUUGUAGUCGCCGUUUCGGUGCCUGGCUUUGUGGAAAGGGGCAUGUCACUAGCGUUGUAUCAUGCUGCGAGAUCAUUUUCUCUACUGCAAAGGAGCCCUUCGGUAAUCGCGGCACGUUCGAGCACCGCAUUCUACCAUGGCAUGUGUGAUCUCACCUCCGAUCAUCCACAACUUGCCUUCACUUUCGACGUUUUUAGCGCAAACAUUUGCUCCGCAGGGGUCUCGCCAGAGGCGACGGAGUCUUUGGCGUACGAGACCCUCUUUUCUUGCCCGAAGCCCACCGAUAGGCCUACAGUCCCAGAUAGCAGGCUGGAGCGAGCAAAUGUUUCGAGCCCACCUGAUCUCCCUCCUCUUGAUAUUGCUUGCGACGACGCUGACGUGUCAGACAUGGUGGACGGCCUCGCACUUGAGAUACCUCUGCUGCUGGUCAAUCAUACCCCUCCUGAGCGAAUUCUCUCUGCAGUCGGUUCGCACAAGCAUAGGAUGUCUGCGACAGCCACCGCCGCAUACUAUGCCGCAUUGGGACUCUCUGGUGUGCCACUUUUCAGCCUGGUGACGAACGGUUGUCGCGGGGUAAUUACGUGUGCUUGGGCUGAGGUGUAUGGCGGGUUUCAGGUUGGUCAUUACCAUAUUAACAUUUUAGUAUCCUCUGUUGAUCUCGCCCUACACAUUCAUUUCCCUCUAAUCGCCGUACCGCAGCGGAUCAAAAUUGUGGAACGCAAUGCCAUGGUGUUUGACCUCACGAACCCGCUUUCCGCGCUUCAUCUCGCGACCGUGCUGGUUCGUCUGAAGCAUGAACACGGCAAGAUCCUGCGAGAACGAUUUGACGAACAAGCUUUAACGCGGUUGCGGGAGCGGCUGGAACACGGUGAAUGGGAAACAAGAUGGACGAUGGCACAUUAUAUCGAGGAACAUGCAAACCAGUAG